CAGAGGAGACCCGCAGGACGAGCCGAGGAGCCUGGACAUGUCCAGAAGGAAGCAAGCCAAGCCCCGCUCGGUGAAAGUCGAAGAGGGUGAAUCUUCAGAUUUUGCUUUGAACUGGGACUCAUCAGUGACUCAAUCAGGAGGCCUAGGAGGAGAGCUGGAGAAUGAGGUGAAGGACAGCCGGGCCUUGGAAGAGAGGAACAGCGUGACGAGUCAGGAAGAGAGAAAUGAGGAAGAUGAAGACAUGGAGGAUGAGUCAAUUUACACCUGCGAUAACUGUCAGCAGGACUUCGAUUCACUGGCAGACCUGACUGAACAUAGGGCACACCACUGUCCUGGAGGUUGUCUGUUUCAAACAGCAGCAGAGCUAUAUAUGGAAAUUGCCAGCUUGGAAGCGGCUGAUUUUUCUAAACUACUGUACGAUGGUGAUGACGACCCACAACUCUCCUGGGUGGCUUCAUCUCCCUCCAGCAAAGAUGUUGCAUCACCCACUCAGAUGAUAGGCGAUGGGUGUGAUCUCGGCAUCGGGGAGGAGGAAGGGGGGACUGGCCUGCCAUAUCCCUGUCAGUUUUGUGAUAAGUCCUUCAUUCGCCUGAGCUACCUUAAAAGGCACGAGCAGAUCCACAGUGACAAACUACCUUUCAAAUGUACCUACUGUAGCCGGCUUUUUAAGCAUAAGAGAAGUAGGGAUCGCCACAUAAAGCUUCACACGGGGGAUAAAAAGUACCAUUGCCAUGAAUGUGAGGCAGCAUUCUCUCGCAGCGACCAUCUCAAAAUUCACCUGAAAACCCACAGUUCGAGCAAGCCAUUCAAGUGUACUGUCUGUAAGCGUGGGUUUUCCUCCACCAGCUCAUUGCAGAGUCACAUGCAAGCUCAUAAAAAGAACAAGGAACAUAUGGCAAAGACUGAGAAAGAGGUGAAGAAGGAUGAUUUUAUGUGUGAUUACUGUGAAGAGACAUUCAGUCAGACAGAAGAUUUGGAGAAGCACGUAAUGACACGCCACCCACAGCUUUCCGAGAAGGCAGAUUUGCAGUGUAUUCAUUGUCCUGAAGUAUUUGCAGAUGAAAACUCAUUGCUUUCCCACAUUCAUCAAGCCCAUGCCAACAAAAAACACAAGUGCCCUAUGUGCCCCGAGCAGUUUUCUUCAGUGGAAGAAGUCUAUUGCCACUUGGAUAGCCACAGACAACCUGAUUCCAGCAACCAUAGUGUCAGCCCUGACCCAGUUUUGGGGAGUGUGGCGUCAAUGAGCAGUGCAACACCUGAUUCAAGCGCAUCGGUGGAACGAGGCUCCACUCCGGACUCCACUUUAAAACCGUUGAGAGGACAAAAGAAGAUCAGAUCAGCGGAAAGAGAGGAAGGCCAGAAUUGGUCUAAAGUCACCUACAGCUGCCCUUACUGCUCCAAGCGUGACUUCAACAGCCUUGCUGUCCUGGAGAUCCAUCUGAAGACCAUUCAUGCAGACAAACCUCAACAAAGCCACACAUGCCAGAUCUGCCUUGAUUCCAUGCCUACGCUGUACAACUUGAACGAACAUGUCAGAAAGGUGCACAAAAACCAUGCAUAUCCCAUGAUGCAGUUUAACAACAUUUCUGCCUUUCACUGUAACUAUUGCCCUGAGAUGUUUGCAGAUAUCAAUAGCCUACAGGAGCACAUCCGCAUCACUCACUGUGGACCAAGUGCUACCCCUCAAGAUGGUAACAAUGCCUUCUUCUGUAACCAGUGCUCCAUGGGCUUUCUGACGGAAGCAUCCUUGACUGAGCAUAUUCAGCAAACUCACUGCAACGUAGGAAACUCAAAAUUGGAUUCCCCUGUCGUUCAGCCAACACAGUCUUUUAUGGAAGUUUAUUCUUGCCCUUAUUGCACAAACUCCCCCAUUUUUGGCUCCAUCCUGAAGCUGACAAAGCACAUUAAAGAAAACCACAAGAACAUUCCUCUAGCACACAAUAAGAAGUCAAAAGCAGAGCAGAGUCCAGUUUCUUCUGAUGUUGAAGUCUCUUCCCCUAAAAGGCAGCGGCUUUCUGCUAGCUUAAAUUCAGUUUCUAAUGGUGAAUACCCAUGUAAUCAGUGUGAUCUAAAGUUCUCUAAUUUUGAAAGUUUUCAAACUCAUUUAAAGUUGCAUUUGGAGUUGCUUUUAAGGAAACAGUCUUGCCCUCAGUGUAAAGAAGACUUUGAUUCUCAGGAAUCUCUCCUGCAGCACCUCACAGUACACUACAUGACAACAUCUACCCAUUAUGUAUGUGAGAGCUGUGACAAACAGUUUUCUUCAGUGGAUGAUUUGCAGAAGCAUUUGCUGGACAUGCAUACUUUUGUGUUGUAUCACUGCACCCUUUGCCAAGAGGUUUUUGAUUCCAAGGUAUCUAUCCAAGUGCAUCUGGCAGUCAAGCAUAGCAAUGAAAAGAAGAUGUAUCGUUGUACAGCCUGUAAUUGGGAUUUUAGAAAGGAGGUGGACCUUCAGAUCCAUGUAAAGCAUAGCCAUUUGGGCAAUCCAACAAAAUCACAUAAAUGCAUCUUCUGCGGAGAGACCUUCAGCACUGAAGUAGAACUGCAGUGCCACAUCACAACCCACAGUAAAAAGUACAACUGUAAGUUCUGCAGCAAAGCUUUCCACGCUAUCAUCUUGCUUGAAAAACAUUUGCGGGAGAAACAUUGUGUCUUUGAUGCUGGGGCUGAGAAUGGUACAGCUAAUGGCAUGACCCCAACGAAUAAGAAGACAGAAGCUGCAGAUCUCCAGAACAUGUUGAUGAAGAAUCCGGAUACUUCAAACAGUCAUGAGGCUAGUGAGGAUGAUGUAGAUGCUUCUGAGCCAAUGUAUGGUUGUGAUAUUUGUGGGGCUGCCUAUACUAUGGAAGUCCUUUUGCAAAACCAUCGUUUGAGAGAUCAUAACAUCAGACCUGGGGAGGAUGAUUGUUCUAGGAAGAAAGCAGAAUUCAUCAAAGGUAGCCACAAGUGUAACAUCUGCUCAAGGACCUUUUUCUCAGAAAAUGGCCUCAGAGAGCAUAUGCAGACUCAUCGAGGUCCAGCUAAGCACUACAUGUGCCCCAUUUGUGGGGAGCGCUUCCCAUCCCUUCUGACCCUGACAGAGCACAAAGUCACUCAUAGCAAGAGUUUGGAUACGGGAACGUGCAGGAUCUGCAAAAUGCCACUGCAGAGUGAGGAGGAAUUUAUUGAGCACUGCCAGAUGCAUCCGGAUCUCAGAAAUUCCCUCACCGGGUUUCGCUGUGUUGUCUGUAUGCAGACAGUCACCUCUACCCUUGAGCUGAAAAUUCAUGGAACGUUCCAUAUGCAGAAAUUGGCAGGAAACUCUGCAGCCUCUUCUCCCAAUGGUCAGGCUUUGCAGAAACUCUACAAGUGUGCUUUGUGCUUGAAAGAGUUCCGGAACAAGCAGGACUUGGUGAAACUGGAUGUUAAUGGCCUGCCAUAUGGCCUGUGUGCUGGAUGUAUGACCAGGGGCACCAAUGGACAGUCUUCAGGCUUGACUCCCCAGGAAGUGAAUGAGAGACCAUGUGGCAGUCUGAGGUGCCCAGAGUGUAGUGUCAAAUUUGAAAGUGCUGAAGACCUAGAGAACCACAUUCAGUUAGAUCAUCGAGACCUGACACCUGAGACUAGUGGCCAAAGGAAGGGUACCCAGACAUCCCCUGUUCCCAGAAAAAAGACCUAUCAGUGCAUCAAGUGCCAGAUGACCUUUGAGAAUGAAAGAGAGAUACAAAUCCAUGUUGCAAACCAUAUGAUUGGUGCAGCCCAAACCCCAUAUGGUGAGACGUUACCUUCUUUUCCAGCUCCUGCACUGGUGGAGAGGAGGACUAUGAAAAAUGUCACUGCAGAGGAAGGCAUCAAUCAUGAGUGCAAGCUGUGUAACCAGAUGUUUGACUCUCCAGCAAAGCUUCUGUGUCACCUGAUUGAGCACAGCUUUGAGGGGAUGGGAGGCACAUUCAAAUGCCCUGUUUGUUUCACAGUUUUUGUACAGGCAAAUAAACUGCAGCAGCAUAUCUUUGCAGUCCACGGGCAGGAGGAUAAAAUUUAUGACUGUUCCCAGUGCCCACAGAAGUUCUUCUUUCAGACAGAACUUCAGAACCACACAUUGAGUCAGCACGCACAGUGAGCCACUGGCACUACAGGACACCUCUCUGCAGAAGACUUGACGGAGGCACAGUGGGGAGGACCAUUUGAACAUUACAUCCAAUCAAAGUGUCAUUUGCAACCCAGAUGUAAAACUCUAAUGAUUUGGCCAUGAGGCGCUGCUAUUAUAAGCAGCUGGAAAUGAAUAUUAAUGGAAGAGAUUAAAAGUAUUCCAUGCUCAGUAUUUUUUAUUGUCCUGCUUCAGCUAGUGUACUUUAGAGCUUCUGCUUCUGACUGAAUUUAUAGUGUUAGAUAAAUCUGCUUUGAUGCUGUUGCCCUUUGUUGCUUCUUGUAUUAUAUGGAUAGUUAAAGAUUAGGUGUGAUUUUUUUAACUGCUUUUUAAUUGCAAUUUUAGGUAAUUGUGCAUUGUGAUGUGAUUGCUUGGCUAUUGUCGGAAUAUUUCUUUUGAAUUUUUUAAUUAAAGACUAAUGCUUUGAUUGGAUUUGCCAGUUCACCGGACAGUGAUUAAAACUAUGUAAUGAAUAUAAUCGGUUUCAGUGCAACUGGAUGGUCUGCUUUAUAAAUGUGACUUAAUCUGAUUGCAAUAACUAGUACAGUUCAAUAAAGGGAAUA